AAGCUGUCGCUGCACGAAGCCGGAGUGGGAAAGAAAGAGAUAGAGGGAGGGAGGAAAGAAGAGAGGGAGAGAGAGGGAGUAGAGCCUAGAGACGUAAUUCUCGUCCCCACGGCUUGGCGCCAAUCUGGCGAAAAAAGUAAACAUCGAUAUACGUGAAAGUCGCGAGUGGAUUUACUUGUGAUCCAUUGGUUAUUUGUGCCUUUGUUAGCUACCUAGCUAGCAUUUAGCUAGCAUUGUUACCAAUCUCCACAACAAGCCCCUCUCACACAAAUUGAUUUACAGCAAGCUGGCCAAGAUCUAAAGAAAAAUAACUAACGCUAGACACUUUCUACAAGGUGAUCGUGUAAUACUUCAAUAUGGGGAGAAAGUCCAACAGAGCGAAGGAGAAGAAGCAGAAACGUCUGGAGGAGAGGGCAGCAAUGGAUGCAGUGUGUGCUAAAGUGGAGGCAGCCAACAAGCUGGAUGAUCCACUAGCUGCAUUUCCAGUGUUCAAGAAAUUUGACAGAAAUGGGUUGAAUCUGCAGAUUGAAUGCAAGCGGGUGGCUACCCUCCCUCCCGAUACAGUGGAGUGGGCCUAUGAGUUGACAAGAGCCAACAUGCAGACACUCUAUGAGCAGAGCGAGUGGGGCUGGAAGGAGAGAGAGAAGCGGGAGGAGAUGAAGGACGAGAGGGCCUGGUACCUUCUGGCCUCUGAUGCGGACUCUGCCCCAAUGGCCUUUUCCCACUUCCGUUUUGAUGUGGAGUGUGGGGAAGAGGUGCUCUACUGCUAUGAGAUUCAGCUGGAGCCAAGAGUACGGAGGAAAGGGCUUGGCAAAUUUUUAAUUCAGAUCCUACAACUCAUCGCCAACAGCACACAGAUGAAGAAAGUGAUGCUGACUGUCUUCAAACACAACCAUGGGGCAUACCAGUUUUUCAGAGAAGCCUUACAGUUUGAAAUCGAUGACACAUCGCCCAGCAUGUCUGGUUGCUGUGGCGAUGACUGCUCCUAUGAGAUCCUCAGCCGGCGGACGAAACACGGCGAGGCCUCGGGACACGCGCACGGCGGGGGCCACUGUGGCGGCUGCUGCCAUUAGCUGCGGUGUCUUCUGUCCGCUCCCUCAGAUACACACUGCUUCCUCAUUACGCAUCCCAACCAAGAGACCCUGAUCGAAUGCCCUCCAUCCAAAACAUAUCUCCAAGAGUGGUCUUUUUUCCUUCCUAAUGCCGCCAUUUCUACCCUCACAGAUAUUAUGCUUCAGCUUCAGUUUUAAACACUCUUUUUGGUACAACUUUGCAAAAAAAAAUAUUGUAGUGUUUUAUUCAUAUAUAUUACUGUAGGUCUGCUAGAAUAUUAACAGGAAAUGAGGCCUACUGUGGCGGUUUAGUUCAAAUCUUUCUCUCCUCAGGAAACAGCAUGGUGACUUCUAUUCUAAACUAAACCCUGAACUAAAUGUAGUCAAGAAAGCUGUUGAGUGUGAUCACGAGUGUGUGAUCAGUGCUCGGCCACACUGGGUUUCAUAGCUGCUUCUCUGUAAACUUCCUUCAGGGUAUACAUAUAAACAGGUUAUUUAAGCAGGUCCUCUUGCCUGGGUAUUACGAGACUCGUGGUAAGCAGUGAGUACAUUAUCUUACUCUACAGUGUAAAACUGCUAAGACACUCAAACUUCUGUCUGUCUCAGGUCACUGAACUCAAACUCAAACCCUAUAAAUGUUUUAUAAACAGGUGUUUUUGGGGAGAAGUGUGUUGAUGUUUCAACAUUUUUGACAAAGUGGUUGAGAUGUGGCAUGGGUGCAAAGAACAAUUAGUUUAGAUGUGUACAUUUUUAUUUUUUUUUUUUUUUUUUUUACUUUCACAUGCUUUUAUUAUUUUAUAUUCAGAUGUCUUCCCGUGUUGGUUUGCCAUAUUCAUUCGACUUGCCUUUUCGGAAAAAAUAAUCUUUGGAGAAAGACAUCAAAUUAAAAGGUGAGGAGAAAUGAGUCUUGUGUGUUGAUGCUGGUACAGAAAGGGACUACAGUCAUUUUGGUUUCUUAAGUGUUAUAUUUUAAUGUUACGAAAUAAAGGUCAUUUUCUUGAUUUAAAUCAUUUGAUGUUAAAUCUGAGCAAUUAAUCAUUUAAAAAUAAAAUCUUAAAUACAGUG